AUAUAAUAGUGUAUGAAUUGUAUGACAAAUAGUGUAAACGUAAACACUAUUGAAUUGAAUGAGUAAAACGUGUGUUUCGUUUCAUUGAAAUAUCAAUUGUUAUUACAUUUGAUUUGACAAUUCAUUUGUUAGUUUGUGUUUUUUUAUCACUUGAUUUGAUCCAAUUGGUCGUCAUAUAAGUGACUUAUCAGUCAAACCAUUGCAUUAUCGUUUGAAAUCCAAUUGUUGAACACUGUUGUCAUUGCUUCAAUUGAUCCGCAAUAAUGUCAUCAAAGCCAUUGACCGCUCAGUCUAUCCGUCAAACAUAUAAAGACUUUUUUGGCAAAAAAUACGAACAUUUGUUUGUGAAGUCGUCGUCAGUUAUACCACAUGAAGAUCCGACACUUCUGUUUGCAAACGCCGGCAUGAAUCAGUUUAAGCCCAUAUUCUUGGGAACUGUUGACCCAAACAGCGAUGCAUCGAAAUAUCGACGAGUGGUCAACAGUCAGAAGUGUAUCCGUGCCGGUGGUAAACAUAAUGAUUUAGAUGAUGUCGGCAAAGAUGUAUAUCAUCACACGUUUUUCGAAAUGUUGGGCAAUUGGUCUUUUGGUGAUUACUUUAAGAAAGAGAUCUGUCGGUGGGCUUAUGAACUGUUAACCGAAGUCUAUGGUCUCAAUAAGGAUAGACUUUAUGUGACAUAUUUUGGCGGAAAUAAAGAAAGUGGUUUAGAGGCCGAUGAAGAGUGUCGACAGGUUUGGUUAGAUAUUGGUUUGCCAGCGGAUCGAGUCCUGCCAUUUGAUAUGAAAGAUAAUUUUUGGGAAAUGGGCGAAACAGGUCCGUGUGGUCCCUGUUCUGAAAUACACUUCGACCGAAUUGGUGGUAGAAAUGCUGCCGAUUUAGUUAAUAUGGACGAUCCGGAUGUCAUUGAAAUCUGGAAUCUUGUGUUCAUACAAUUCAAUCGUGAAAGUGAUGGUUCACUCAAAUCAUUGCCUAAAAAACAUGUCGACACAGGAAUGGGUUUCGAAAGAUUAGUUUCUGUUAUACAAGAAAAGUCAUCUAAUUAUGAUACCGACGUAUUUCAACCACUUUUCAAUGCUAUUCAACAAUUAACUGGAGUCCGAACUUAUACCGGCAAAGUUGGCGCUGACGAUACAGAUGGUCUAGACAUGGCUUAUCGUGUGGUAGCAGAUCACGCGCGUACACUAACUAUUGCUCUGUCAGAUGGUGGCAGACCUGAUAAUAUUGGUAGAGGUUAUGUCUUACGAAGAAUACUUAGACGCGCCGUUAGAUUUGUGGAAAAGUUGGGCGGAAAACCGGGAGUGUUUGCAUCUCUUGUUCCCGUCGUUAUUGAAUCGCUCGGUGACGAGUUUCCUGAACUUAAAAAAGACCCGCAAAGUGUGGUAAAUGUGAUCAACGAAGAGGAGACUCAAUUCUUGAAAACUCUUUCGCGUGGAAAACGGUUAUUAGAGCGUACUAUUGACAAAAUGAAAACACAAAACAAAACAGUACUUCCCGGUGACAUUGCCUGGAGGUUAUACGAUACUUACGGCUUUCCGGUUGACUUAACACAACUCAUGGUCGAAGAGAAAGGAUUUUCAGUUGACUUAAAUGGAUACGAGAACUGCAAAAGUGAAGCACAAUUGAAGUCACAAAACAAAACCUCACAAUUUGAUUCUGGCAUUGAUUUAGAUGUCCAUUCAAUUGCUGAACUAAGAGAUAGUUUAUCGAUUGAAAGCACUAAUGAUUUAGCAAAAUAUGAUUACCGAUCGGUUGAUGAAACUCCCGAAUCUGUCUAUGAAUUUUCGAAAUGCGAGGCAACUAUUGUCGCAAUUAGAAAAAAUAAACAAUUUGUCAAAGAAGUGUCCAGUGGUGAAGAUUGUGGAAUCAUUUUGGAUAAAACAAGUUUUUAUGCUGAAUCUGGUGGACAGGAAUAUGACACCGGAUUUAUGUUGAAAACAACUGCUGACGAUGAAGAAGACACUGAAUUUGAAGUGAGCGAAGUUAAAGUUCACGGCGGAUAUGUCAUUCAUAUCGGUAAAGUUGGUUGCGGUGUUGUCCGCGUUGGCGAUACAUUCAAAUUGCAAAUCGAUGAACAAAGACGUAAACUGAUUAUGAAUAACCACACGGGAACUCAUGUUCUUAACUUUGCUCUAAGAUCUGUAUUGAGUGCAGAGUCUAACCAAAAGGGAUCACUUGUGUCUUCGGAUAAAUUAAGAUUUGAUUUCACUAACAAUGGAGCAAUGAGUGUAUCCCAAGUGAAACAAACGGAAACUAUUUCCCAACAAUUGAUAGCCAAGAAUGAAGUGGUUUAUGCAAAAGACUCAUCUCUAGCGUCAGCCAAAGCUAUUCAAGGAUUGCGUGCAGUCUUUGAUGAGACAUAUCCCGAUCCCGUUAGAGUUGUUUCCAUUGGAGUAUCAGUCGAUGAUUUAUUGGCUGAUCCUAUGGGAUCGGCAGGUAUGCAAACAUCAAUAGAAUUUUGUGGCGGAACUCAUUUGAAACGAAGCGGACAUAUCGGCGAUUUUAUUAUAUCGAGCGAAGAGGCUAUUGCUAAAGGCAUUCGAAGAAUAAUUGCAUUAACGGGUCCCGAAGCCACUAAAGCUAUAAAUAAAGCCAAACUAUUGGAUACCUCUGUGGCAGCUUUAAAGAAGUCAAUCGAUAGCAAAACAGGCAAAGAGUUUUAUAAAGAAAAUAUUAAACAAAUAGUAGAACUUACUGAAGAGGUCUCGCAAUCCAAUAUCGCUUACUGGAAGAAGGAUGAGAUAAGAAAUGAAUUGAACCAAAUGAAGAAGCAAUUGGAUUCAGUGGACAGAGCAAACAAAGCGGCUCAAGCCAUACAAGUUGUCGAAAAAGCUAAACAAUUAGCAGAAGAGCUCAAUGGAAGCAAAUUCAUUGUCAGUGCACUCGACGGCGGAUCCAAUGCCAAAGCACUCGACUCAGCCCUGCGUCAGAUCAGAACUCUAUCACCAGAGACUGCGGCCAUGUUUUUCAGUAAAGACGACUCUAAAAUCAUAUGUUUGGCAUCUGUUCCGUCCAAUGCCGUAUCAUCGGGUCUUAAGGCCAACGAAUGGGUCCAACAAAUCACUAAACUUAUUAAUGGAAAGGGUGGCGGAAAAGAGGAAUCAUCGCAAGCUAGUGGUACUAAUGUCGGUGCCAUCGAUGAGGCAAUACAACUGUCAAAACAAUUUGCAGAAUUGAAAUUAGGAAAUUAAUGUUUGGUUUUUUAAUAUAAUUUAUAUAAUAAUGAUUUUAUACAAUUCAAUCAAAAACAA